CGUGCCCCGAUCACCAAAUGUGAAACUUUCUGCAACUGUUGAAGAUUGUUGCGUGUCAAACUCAAAAGUAGUUGGUGGAGAUUCUUGUGUUUCAACAAGGAACCGCGGAAUCGAAAAUAAGAGCAGGUAUACGGUGAGGCUUACACCCAGUAAUUUGCUAGGAAAAUAAGGGAGAACGGAGAUUAUUUCCCAUGGAAGCGCCGCCCGUCCCUCUCAUGAAGUGAAGCUGUGAUUUGAAGCCGUAGUCCUCCAUUUGAGAAAGAGAGGGAGGGAGAGGACACGGCGCUCCCCCGGCCCACCUAGAAAGACAAGAAACCACGAAAAUCUCGAAUCUUCUCCUCCCUUCUCCCUCUCUCUUUCCGUCUCCCUGGCCAUGCUUGAUAUAAUACUUAUUCCUUGCUGCUGAUGGCUUCCUCUCCCCUGAAUAACCGAAUCUCCCAAAGCCUGUGAAUAAGAGAGAGCAUCUCUCUCUCUCUCGCUCUCCCUUUCUGAGAAGAUGGAAACCGGCAGAAUGAGUUUCUGUAGCAGACCGAAUCUCCGGUUAUGCCCAUCUCAGUCGACUUUUCCUAAUCAAAGAGUUACACUCAUGCCAUCAACGCGGUUCUCCAUCUUUCUCGCAGCCUCCAAUUCGCGCAAGAACCCCAAAGUCUCUCUGCCCAGCAGGAGCAACACUAAAAACUCUAGAAACCAAUCUCUGAAACCCUUCUUGAGUCCCAACCGGACGCAGAAGAGACCGACAAGGAGGGAAACCGAUCUACCAAAUGGCGCUAAAGGCUGGCUUCUUCAAGCGGGAGAGGAGUAUGGGAUUGAGAUGCUUGUUUUGAGUGGUGUUGGAUAUUGGGUACAGGGGCUCAGGUGUUUGCCAUGGCUGGCGCUCAACUUCUACUUCAAGGAUGCGCUUCUGAUCAAUCCGUCGACGUUGCAGUUGGUUCAGAACACGGCUAAUCUUCCUAUGGUGGCUAAGCCUCUAUAUGGUAUAGUCUCUGAUGUGCUGUAUAUUGGAGAUGAACACAGGGUGCCGUACAUUUCCAUUGGAGUGUUUUUGCAGGUAAUAUCUUGGGGUACCAUGGCCUUGGUCCCAGCCGCAGGAGAAAUGUUGCCCGCUUUGAUGGCCUGCAUUUUACUUAGUAACUUGGGUGCAUCCAUAACUGAAGUCGCCGGCGAUGCUUUGGUUGCUGAAUGCAGUAAACGCCACAGGGUUGGUGAGCUUCAGUCUUAUGCUUGGAUAGCGCUAGCUGCUGGUGGAGUUGUCGGUAACUUUUCUGGUGGAUUCAUUCUGCAAAAGACCCAAAAUCCCAAGUUCAUGUUUCUGGUGUUCUGCCUUCUACUUUGCUUUCAACUUGGCGUUUCAUUGAGUGUAAGCGAGAAAUCAUUAAAUCUGGAGAUGACCAAACCAUAUUCAUCAAAUUCAGAUUUUCAUCUUCUGGCUGAAUCGGUUACCGGAAGUGUGAGGAGACAGUUAUCUGAACUGAUCUCAGUGAUAAGACAACCACGCAUUCUGUUUCCUCUAUCCUGGGCUGUGUUAUCUACAGCUAUAGUUCCUAUUCUCUCUGGAUCUGUUUUUUACUUCCAAACGCAGAUCUUAAACGUAGAUUCAUCCGUCAUCGGACUAUCUAAAGUGAUUGGUCAAAUGCUGGUUCUGUCAGCAAGUGUUUUAUACAACCGCUUUCUAAAGAAACUCCCUGUGAGAAAAUUAGUGUGUGCAGUGCAGAUUAUAUAUGCAAUCUCCAUAUUAUCUGACCUUCUUUUAGUGAAGCAACUUAACCUUUGGCUAGGAAUUUCCAACCCUCUAUAUAUCUCCUGCUUUGCUGCAUUGGCGGAAGCAGUUGCACAGUUUAAGAUAUUGCCGUUCUCCAUUCUACUCGCAAAUCGAUGCCCUAAGGGAUAUGAAGGCUCUGUUCUGGCUUUCUUUAUGUCUAUGCUGUGUCUAUCAUCAAUUUUCAGUGGAUAUGCUGGUGCUGCAAUCUCUUACCUGCUUGGAAUGUCCAGCGGAAAUUAUGCAAGAUUGCCAAUUGGAAUAUGCUUGCAGUUUGUAGCAGCAUUGGUGCCACUGCUAUGGAUAUCUUACAUACCGAUGUCAAUAUCUACAGCUGCAGAAAGGAAAAGAAUGGUGAUUAGAGAAGGUAGAAACACAAGAUGACAAGGUGGUGUUUCAGUCUUGUAACUGUUGGUUAAUUAUUUUUAAUAUUUGUGGAUCAAUAUAGAAAAUCAAAAGGUUGGAUAUCUGAAAAAGCUGAGAAAGCUGAAGAGAUGUCAAUUUGUAUAAAUUUUGUAGCUUGUUUGUAGUAGUUGUACAUAUAGACUAUUACUGAGAAAUCCGCUCACAAGGUUUCACUCCUGAAUCUCCU